UUACUUUCCCUGUCAUGUUAUUAGUUUAUUUUCGUUGUUUAGUAAAUAGAAUCAAUCAAAAUCAUUAAAAAUGUGUUUCAAGCUGAACCGCAGGGGUUAUUGUUAUUUAAUGGCAAUAUUCACCUACUCGAAUGCAGCGAUCGAAAUUACCUACUCAAUCAUUAUGCUAAUCCAUUAUGGAGAGCAUUACGAUUGGCUAUGGGCCUUGAUUUUCGCAUGGUUCCCGAUUCUGUUUGCGGGAAUGUUCCUAAUUAUUGGGACAUGUCUCUCAGAUUCUUACCUGAGAACCAAACGCGUUUUACUCAAGAUCUGGAUAGCAGUGGCUAUAAUCUGUGGAUUCGCAAUUAUAAUCAUUAAAAUAGGAAUAAUCGUACGACCGUUUGUACUGGUUGGAAUCUGGAGAAAUAUAUUGCGUAUCGUUGUCUUUUGUUGUUUCUUACUAUUGGUAUUUUCCUUCGUAUACUUCCCAUGUCUAUAUGUCCAAGAUCUGGAUGAAGAAUUGGAUUUCUAAUAAAAGCUUGGAUCCUAAAUUUCCAGUGCUAUUAUUUAUAAAAUAAUACCUUUCUAAUUUUGUCAUUGAUCGGAAAAUCAUAAGCAAACUUUGUUAAGUCUAUAUAAAGAAUAAAAUUCUAGUAAAAGG